CCCAACUUUUGACCAGGCAAGGAGCACUGGCUACCAGCACACAGGGAGCAGCAUCCCCCCCGCACAGGGCUCUUGCCGUCUCGCUCACUCCUGUGAAACGCCGAGUGCCCCGGAACCCUUGGAAGGGGGGUCUUCGCUUACUUGCGUCCCAGCGCGUGUGUCCGCAAUUAGCAGGUGUAAUACAUUUAUUUACAGGUAAAUUAAGGGGGUACUAGAAACCCAAACGGAGGCGCCAAAAUGACAGCGGUAGAAACCCAAGUGCAAUACACCACCACUACUUACAUGAUGACAACGGAGGAUUACAUGCACCAGGAAGAUGACUGGGACCGGGACCUUCUGUUGGACCCUGCCUGGGAGAAGCAACAGAGGAAGACCUUCACAGCCUGGUGUAACUCCCACCUGCGGAAAGCCGGCACGCAGAUCGAGAACAUCGAGGAGGACUUCAGGAAUGGCCUCAAACUCAUGCUGCUGCUGGAGGUGAUUUCAGGCGAGAGGUUGCCCAAACCAGACAAGGGUAAGAUGCGCUUCCACAAGAUUGCCAACGUGAACAAGGCCCUGGACUUCAUCUGCAGCAAGGGAGUGAAGCUGGUGUCAAUCGGUGCAGAGGAGAUUGUGGACGGGAAUGUGAAAAUGACUCUGGGAAUGAUCUGGACCAUCAUCCUGCGUUUCGCCAUCCAGGACAUAUCCGUGGAGGAAACUUCUGCCAAGGAGGGCUUGUUGCUGUGGUGUCAGAGGAAGACUGCCCCCUACAGGAAUGUUAAUGUUCAGAACUUCCACAUCAGUUGGAAGGAUGGCCUGGCUCUGUGUGCCCUCAUUCACAGACACAGACCUGACCUCAUUGACUACUCCAAACUGCGAAAGGACGACCCCAUCGGCAACCUCAACACUGCGUUCGAGGUGGCUGAGAAGUACCUGGACAUCCCCAAGAUGUUGGACGCUGAGGAUAUCGUUAACACCCCGAAGCCUGACGAGAAAGCCAUCAUGACCUACGUGUCCUGCUUCUACCACGCCUUCGCUGGGGCGGAGCAGGCUGAGACCGCUGCUAACAGGAUUUGCAAAGUCCUGGCCGUGAACCAGGAGAACGAGAGACUGAUGGAGGAGUACGAGAAGCUGGCCAGCGAGCUUCUGGAGUGGAUCCGGCGCACCAUCCCCUGGCUGGAGAACCGCGUGGCCGAGCAGACCAUGCGCGCCAUGCAGCAGAAGCUGGAGGACUUCCGCGACUACCGCCGGAUCCACAAGCCGCCCCGCGUGCAGGAGAAGUGCCAGCUGGAGAUCAACUUCAACACCCUGCAGACCAAGCUGAGGCUGAGCAACAGGCCCGCCUUCAUGCCCUCCGAGGGCAAGAUGGUGUCGGACAUCGCCAACGCCUGGAAAGGUCUGGAGCAGGUGGAGAAGGGCUACGAGGAGUGGCUCCUGACUGAGAUCCGUCGCCUGGAGAGGCUGGAUCACCUGGCCGAGAAGUUCAAGCAGAAGUGCAAGCUGCACGAGGCCUGGACCUCCGGGAAGGAGGAUCUGCUGUCGCAGAAGGACUACGAGUCGGCCUCCCUGAUGGAGAUCCGCGCCCUGAUGAGGAAGCACGAGGCCUUCGAGAGCGACCUGGCCGCUCACCAGGACAGAGUGGAGCAGAUCGCCGCCAUCGCACAGGAGCUCAAUGAGCUGGACUACCACGAUGCCGCCACCGUGAACACCCGCUGCCAGGGCAUCUGUGACCAGUGGGACAACCUGGGCACCCUGACCCAGAAGAGGAGGGACGCACUGGAGCGUGUGGAGAAACUGUGGGAGACCAUCGACCAGCUGUACCUGGAGUUCGCCAAGAGGGCGGCGCCCUUCAACAACUGGAUGGACGGAGCCAUGGAGGAUCUGCAGGACAUGUUCAUUGUCCACAGCAUUGAGGAAAUCCAGAGCCUGAUCACAGCCCACGACCAGUUCAAGGCCACCCUGCCCGAGGCGGACAAGGAGCGCAUGGCCACCAUGGGCAUCCAGAACGAGAUCACCAAGAUCGCCCAGACCUACGGCAUCAAGCUGUCCGGGAUCAACCCCUACACCAACCUCUCCCCCCAGGACAUCAGCAACAAGUGGGAUGCGGUGAAGCACCUGGUUCCCCUCAGAGACCAGAUGCUGCAGGAGGAGGUGGCCAGGCAGCAGGCCAACGAGAGGCUGAGGCGCCAGUUUGCCGCCCAGGCCAACGUCAUCGGACCCUGGAUCCAGACUAAGAUGGAGGAGAUCGGUCACGUCUCAGUGGACAUCACCGGCUCUCUGGAGGAUCAGAUGAACAACCUGAAGCAGUACGAGCAGAACAUCAUUAACUACAAGUCCAACAUCGACAAGCUUGAGGGAGACCACCAGCUUAUCCAGGAGGCUCUCAUCUUCGACAACAAACACACCAACUACACCAUGGAGCACAUCCGUGUGGGCUGGGAGCAGCUUCUCACCACCAUCGCCCGCACCAUCAAUGAAGUGGAGAACCAGAUCCUGACCAGGGAUGCCAAGGGCAUCAGCCAGGAGCAGCUCAACGAGUUCAGGGCCUCCUUCAACCACUUCGAUAGGAAGAGGAACGGCAUGAUGGACCCAGACGACUUCCGCGCUUGCCUGAUCUCCAUGGGCUACGAUCUGGUGAGUGCCGCGUGCGCCGUGUCACACUCGCGUGCGCCGUUUCCAGGGCGACCGCGCCGUUUCCACGGCGACCGCUCCGCUCUGACCACUCCCACCUCACAUUCGUCUCCUCCCCAGGGCGAGGUGGAGUUCGCCCGCAUCAUGACCCUGGUGGACCCCAACAACACGGGCGUGGUCACGUUCCAGGCCUUCAUCGACUUCAUGACCCGCGAGACCGCGGAGACCGACACCGCCGAGCAAGUCAUGGCCUCCUUCAAGAUCCUGGCCUCAGACAAGGCCUACAUCACAGUGGAGGAGCUGCGCAGGGAGCUGCCCCCAGAGCAGGCAGAGUACUGCAUCAGCCGCAUGACCAAGUACGUGGGAACCGACAUCCCCACCGGCGCCCUGGACUACAUCUCCUUCUCCAGCGCCCUCUACGGAGAGAGCGACUUGUAAAGCCUCCCCUCUCCCCACCCACCCUUUUCCCCCCCUCCCCUUCGUGCUCCUGCCCCCACCCGCAAGCCUGCCUCCAACCCCCACAUCCAACGCACUGCCCACAGAUUGCAAGGGUGUGGGGGGAAGGGGAAGGAGGGGGGGCGGAAUUUGCUCAGAUAUUCUGGCCCCACCCCCCCACAGUCUUACAUCAGAUAUGCUCUCUGGUCACAUGUGCACACAUCCACCAGUUACAGCACAAGCAAAAAAAUGGGUGUGUCACAAGGACCUGCGUUUAUUUAUUUAUUUUGUUCAGCCAUUCUGCUCCAUGUCUGAGAGAUGGAAAGAAACUGAGAUCCGAAUACAACCUGUAGUGAAUUUACUUAAUCCAAAAGUUCCAACUUCCUGUGUUCUUUCCUGUGGUGGUUCUGAGCAAACUCCCACCCCCCUCCUCCCUCUCCCUCUCUGCCUUUUAAAGUAAUGUGUUUGUGGAGAAAGAAAACAAGACUAAUUGUCCUUUUGAAUAAAGUUGGAUGAUGAUGCUGAUGAUGAUGAUAGUGAUGAUUAUGAUGAGGGUGGUGACUAUUUUUGCAGACGCAUGCUGUGUUCGUUGUAGAAAUCCUGUCCAUGUGCAAUUUCUCCGCAAGUCUAACCCGCCCCACCCCCAUCCCGAACACAUACGAUGAUGUCACAGUGCACUGUUACACGUGUCUAAGGUCUCAUUGCUUCUCAGGCCCUCCGUGUAGAUCCCCGAUCGUUAGCUAAACCCCAGCACCGGCCUGGUACGCUGCCUUCUCAGAACCCCCGCAACGUUACAGAAGUGUUCUGAGAACGUUCUACAACGUUGUGCCAGGCGACGGCUUAAUGGCGGAGAUCCCCUCUCCACAUCAGGUCCUGGCUCUGCGUAUAUGGCGACGAUGUGUUUUUUUUGUAUGUUUUUGAAAAUUGACUGUGGGUCAGCUUCGGACCCAAAAAACGUAGAAGUUUGGUGGGUGUCCCGAGAAGGGGAGGAAGAGGACAGCGGGAGGUCCCCGUCCCGGACUUUCUGGGAGGAGCCGCCGAUUUCACACCAAAACAUUUAACAGUAAAUAACACUAGGAAUGGAUAGAGGAGCACAAGUAGAAUGAGGAAUUUCAGGCUUUAUCUGGACACCCCCCCCCCCCCCAUCGCCCCAACCGCAAUAAUACAGCACAGAAUUGGGGGGGGGGGGGGUUAUAUAGGUGUAAAUGUGGGGGUAGCCUCAUGGUUUUGGCAAGUUACUUGACUGAAAACGUAUUGGUGG